GUCCUUGUCUGCCGGCGCGGGGCGUGGGCUAGCGUCGCUGGGGGCAAAGGGGUCUGGAAGGCCUCGUGGAGCGGGACGCGAGCCGGCAGCACGCGCGUGCAGUCACCCCCGCCCCGGGGUGCACAGGCCUGGGGCCCAGGCUGGGGCCGCUGUCCCUCGCCGGGACCGUCGGCAGGGAGGAGAGUCGCCAGAGCUGACAGCUCCGCGCUGCGCCCGCCCCUUCCCUGUGCGCUCUCCUCCCCACCGGACGCGGGUCCCCCUUUAAAGCAGCAGCACCGGAGCCCCCUCCUCGCGCGCGGCCGGCGCGGGGCUGGGGCGACGCUGCCCCUUUAAGACCAGCCUCCUUUAACCCUCGAGCAUCCGGGCGCCCGGCGGGCUCGCGGCGCCGACAGAAGCCCGCCUCCCGCGGCGCUUCCGGACCCCGGCGUCGCCCCUUUAAGAGCAGCCCCCCGCGGCGCUCCCGCCCCGGUCCCGGCGCGCGAGGCGGGGGAGCCGGGCUGGAGCAGCGCGGUCGGCGCGGCCACUGGAGACCGAGCGGCCGGCGGCCGGGCAGACGGUGGCGGCGGCGGAUGGGGACGCGGAGCCGGGCGGCUGCGGCGGCUGUGGCUGUGGCGGCGGCGGGGAAGCAGCUGACGGGCCGGCGGCGGCGGCGGCGCUGGCGGCGGUGACUGGCCCAGGCCCCGGCGGCGGCAGCAGCGACGCGGUGGCAGGCUGCGGGCGGGCGGUGUGAGGAGCGCGGAGCGGCCGGGCCCCGGGGCGCCCCCGCCCCCCGUCCUCCAGGCCGCCAGGCCCCCGCCCGCCGGGGCCGUGGAGCGCCGCGCCAGAGGCCGGGGCCCCCCCAUGAAGGAGCGCGACGCGGCCCCGUCCGAGCGGGGCAAGCCGGCCACCUACACCGGGGACAAGAAGGCGAAGAUGGCGGCCAAGACCAACAAGAAGUGGGUCCGACUCGCCACCGUUUUCGCCUACGUGCUGUCCGUGUCGCUGGCCGCCAUCGUGCUGGCCGUCUACUACAGCCUCAUCUGGCAGCCGGUGGGCGCCGGGACCUCGGCGGGAGCCGCCGGCCCGCCCCCCGGCGGCUCCAACGCCACCGGCCAGUCCGGGACCUCGGGGGCGGCCGCGGGGCCCAACGCCACCGGCUCGUCCCGCCGCGAGGCGCCGCGCGACGCGCCCCCGCUGCAGGCGGCCGGGCCCCCGCCGCCCGAGCCCCCGGCCGACAGCCCCCUGGCCGGGCCGCCGGGGCGGGCGCGCGGGCCGGAGGAGGACGAGGAGGAAGCGGCGGCGCCCGGGAGCCGAUGAGGUCCUCGCCCCCGGGCGGCGCGGAGCCGCCCUCCGGAGCCGGGGCGCGGGACUUGGCAGCCGGACGGAGCGCCCGCGGCGGGGACCCUCGCGGAGCGAACGCCGCCUUCCCCGACGGCCGCCGAGCGCUGGGGCGCGUGGCCUGCAGCCCGAUCUUCCGCGGAGCGACCACGAUUUGUCCGGGACUCGGGGGUUUGGUCUCCCCAGGACUGUGCGGCGGCGCCCGGUGUAUGAGCCAUAAGGGGGGCGGGGGUGUCCCGGCACCGAACCUUCUGCGCCGCUGGCGGUGGUGCAUCCUUCGCGCCGGGGGGACUCGGGCUUCCCCCCGAGACUCAGGGGAAAGAGGGAGCCGGACGGGCUCGUAAAUCAGCUGAAGCUGUCGGAAGGCGGGAGGGCAGCAGGAGGAGGGGAGCUCAGGUACGUCAGCCUCGUGGCAGUGGCCACAAAUGCGUUUAAUUUAUAGACCCCUGUAUAUAGUGGCUGACAUAGGCACCAGAAGCUGUAAUUACAUCGUGUUAUAUAUAUUCUCCCACCCCUGGGUGGCCGAUGGGGCCGGGCCAGGGCUAUUCGCUGGGCCCCAAAGUGCAGCCGGCCACAGGGCACAAACUGUUUUUUCCAUCAUCCAUUCUUUCCCCUAUUUCCCCUCCUACUUCAGAAAUAGGUUUAUGACAUAAAAAGCGUAGAAUCACUCUUGGACUUGUUGAAAGGACCGUGGAAACCCUUACCGUGGUCGGCAAACUGCGGCUCUUUGGCCCCUUGAGUGUGGCUCUUCCUAAGCCUUAGGAGUACCCUAAUUAAGUUAAUAACAAUGUACCUACCUAUGUAGUUUAAGUUUAAAAAAUUUGGCUCUCAAAAGAAAUUUCAAUCGUUGUACUGUUGACAUUUGGCUCUGUUGACUAAUGAGUUUGCUGACCACUGCCCCGAGAAGAAGUGGAAGCAGUUUGGGGGGGGGGGGUGCUGAUCUCCUCUUCCCACCCGGGUGCCCCCACCCAGGAGGUUUGCUGUGGCACCCUGAGUGUCUGGAUAUGGGCCAGGAAGGAAGGAAGGGAAAGAGCCAUGCCUGUGUGCUUCAGUCUUUGGCCUCCUCACAGUUUAGGAAGAGCAAGCUUUGAUUCUUUGAACUUGCAGGAGAACAUCUGGGAGUCCAACCCCUUGUCCCCAUCCUGACCCCUGCAUUCGGGACUGUUGGAUCCACUCUGGGACGGAUCAGAGUCUAGAGAGACCACUCCUAGGCCCAACUGCGGGCCUCCUGACUCUAACGCCUUCACUGGAACUGGGACAUGCGUUCCAGCCCUAGCUGUGAACAUGACCAGAGACGUUAUUUAUAACUCAGCCAUUUAAGAUAUACCUGUACUCAAAAAAGUCUUGUAUAUUUUUUAAAAGUUUUAUUUUUCAGGUGAACAAAAAUACAUUCUAAGAACUCUGAGUAA